AUGUCUGGCGUCCUGCGCCUCCUUUUGGCGAGCUUGGUAUACCAUUACGACUUUCUCGUGGCCCAUCUGCAACCCAACCAUCCCCUUUUGUCCACCGCCUUGUUCGUAGAACCCGGAUUAGCGGCAUCUCUUCGUUUGUUUGUAAUUUGUGGGCUCGAGUCGCAGUGUCUCGUGGCAUCUGGCAUCCCUCCCCAUGUCGAGUUGAUGCGUCAACUCGAUAAAAACCAAAAAUCAAUCCAAGACAUCUCGAGCAUUGUACUGUCUGGAGUUCGAGAAAUUGUGGACGAAAAGGGACUCGCUACCGGCAACGUCACUCGGGAAUUCUUUGAAAGCACUCUUACAAAGGCCAUCGCUGAUGUUGUUGACGUCGCGCGUGCUGUGUCAAAUCCACAUCGGCCGCAUGCCGAUGAACUUGCCUCUGACUACCCUGUACACCAUUGGGGUGGUCAGUUGCAUAUGCUACAUAAGGACUUCAAGUUCCCAAGUGUGGACUUGGGCACAACAUGGAGUUUAUGGUGGCGAGGUAAUCCAUCCCAAAAGGUGCCUCCAUUCCGUAAAAUUUGCACUCGUGAUUUGUCGUUAAAGUCCGAGUGCAAAGAAUUUUACGAAUGGAAGUAUAUUAUGGGAAAGCUGUCGUCAUACUACACUGCUCAACAUGGUAACGGCCCCAACGCCACGGCAAGCCCCGAGGAGCUUCUUGCCUCGUUUACCAUUGCAAGCCGUCUGUUGGACCCAAUUCGGUUGACAACGACAAAGAAGCGAACAAGACGCUGUGGCCAGCUCCGUGUUUCGACCGCCGCCAGAUUGGUUCGUCAAAUGGAGCCACCGGCAAACCAAAGACCGUACCAGAAGCGCAAUAAACGACCUCUUCGUGCCUAA